AUGGCGCCCGUACCGAUGGACCUCGACGACGCGUCUCCUGCCUUGCGGGGUUUAGGUGGUGUGAAUGGCCCUCCCACUGCACCAGUCACCGAGGUGAUUGCAAACUUCAGGCCAACCAAGCUGUUCAAUCGUGAAGACAUCGAGGACAACAAGUCGAAUCCUUACAUUCUCUCGAUCGAUUUCGACGACCCGGGUGAGCUUUGCAUGACCUCUGAGAGCGAUAGGACGAUUCAGAUCUACAAUGUCAAAGAGGGUCGACAUGACAAGAUGCUCAUCAGCAAGAAGUAUGGUGUGAAGCUUGCCAAGUUCACCCACACAAGUUCAAGUGUCAUUUACGCCAGUACUCGCGAAAAUGACGCGAUCAGAUAUCUCGCAACCCACGACAGCUCCUUCAUCCGCUACUUUGACGGCCACGAAGGCGCCGUGACCUGUCUCGCCAUGCACCCGGGCACCGACAACUUUAUCUCCUGCAGCCUUGACAACACGGUUAGGUUAUGGAACACCCAAACCAAGAACUGGACUGGUACACUCUAUCUCAACACCCCCUACCUGUCGGCGUGGGACCCGUCGGGCCAGGUGUUCGCGGUUGCUAGUCCUAGCAGCGGAAGCAUUCUCCUCUACGACUAUCGCAACUACCAUAAAGCGCCGUUCUCGACGUUCGACCUCGUCAAAGCCAGAGGGCCCGCCGAUCCAGAAAUGGCUUUUAGGGGAUGGACGAAGCUGGAGUUCUCCAACGACGGGAAGCACAUCCUUCUUGGGUCGCGAGGCAACGGCCAUUUCCUGCUGGACUCGUUUGACGGCAGCCUCAAAGCCUUCCUCAGGAAGCCGAACGGUGGUACAAAACGGCUUGCCGCCGGCGAGAACGACGGCGGACACGUGGAAAGCAGCGGCGAGUGCUGCUUCACCCCUGACGGUCGUUAUGUCUUGAGCGGUGGAAAAUCAGACUUGUUGAUCUGGGACACGCUCAUGACACCAGACUCGAAGCAAGUCUUGGAGCCGGCGCAUAUUUUGGAAGAGAAGAGAGAGGCAGCCGUGGUGGCGUACAACCCGCGGUACAACAUGAUUGCGACGGCAGACCAGGAGCUGCUGUUUUGGCUUCCAGACCCCCCCAAUUCGUAG